AUGGCCGGCAGCAUCUUCUCCCCGUUGGGGAGCUGCUCGGAGCUGGAGAAGGCCAACUGCCACCCGCUGGUCUGCCUGCUCUGCCACGAGCCCUACCAGCACCCCUGCCUGCUCGACUGCUACCACAACUUCUGCGCCAGCUGCCUGCGGGGCCGCGCCAGCGACGGCCGCCUGCGCUGCCCGCUCUGCGGGCACCUCUCGGUGGUGAGGGGGGGCACGGGGCUGCCCCCCGUGGACCGGCUCCUGCAGUUCCUGGUGGACAGCUCAGCCGACGGCGAGGAGGACGUGCAGUGCGCCAACUGCGACCGGCGCUGUGCCAAGGCGGAGCUGGACACCAUGUACUUCUGCAACACCUGCGGGCAGCCCCUCUGCGCCCCGUGCCGCGAGGAGACCCACCGCGCCAAGAUGUUCGCCCGCCACGAGAUCGUCUCCCUCUCCAAGCGCACCAAGGACAUCCACAAGAAGUGCCCGCUGCACGAGGAGCCCUACAUCAUGUUCUCCACUGAGAAGAAGUCCAUGCUCUGCAUCAACUGCUUCAGGGACAUGCAGGGGGAGAGCCGGGCGCACUGCAUCGACAUCGAGACGGCGUACAUGCAGGGCUGCCAGCGGCUGGACCAGGCGGUGAUGGCCGUGAAGGAGCUGCAGACCUCCACACGCGAGGCCAUCGUCCUUCUCAAGGCCAUGAUAGAGGAGGUGCGGAACAGUGCCAGCGAGGAGGAGGCGGCCAUCAACUCCCUCUUCGGCCGCAUGCAGGAGCAGCUCUCCGAGAGGAAGAAGACGCUCCUGAAAGCCGUGCAGAGCCAGCACGAGGAGAAGGAGAAGGCGUUCAAGGAGCAGCUCGCCCACCUCGCCUCGCUGCUGCCCACCCUGCAGGUCCACCUGGUGACCUGCUCGGCCUUCCUGAGCUCCGCCAACAAAGCCGAGUUCCUGGACCUGGGCUACCAACUGAUGGAGAGGCUGCAGAGGAUUGUCAAGCUGCCGCACCGCCUGCGGCCGGCCCAGACCAGCAAGAUCAACAGCGAGUACCGGGCAGAGUUUGCUCGCUGCCUGGAGCCCCUGCUGAUGCUCAGCCCCCGCCGCUCCGUGGUGGGCAGCGCCGGCGGCAUUGGUCCUGGCAUCGCCGGCACAAACAUGCUCCCCGGCGGCCAAUGCUCCAAGACUCUCAUGGUGCCCAGCUGCCCCGCCGCUGGUGAUAAAAUGUCCACUGGCCCCAUGGUGCGGAAGCCGACGAUGCACCGGUACAUCAGCACCAAGGUCCUGCUGGCCGAGGGGCGCGAGACCCCCUUCGCUGAGCACUGCCGCAACUACGAGAACACCUACCGGAUGCUGCAGACGGAGAUCCAGGGCCUGAAGGACCAGGUGCAGGAGCUGCACCGCGACCUCACCAAGCACCACUCGCUCAUCAAGACGGAGAUCAUGAGCGAGAUCCUGCAGAAGUCCCUGCAGAUGGACGUGCAGAUCGCGGCUCACUACUCCGCCGUAGAGAUGAUGCGCAGCGUCUUCGAGGAGGUCUGGGAGGAGACAUACCAGCGGGUGGCAAAUGAGCAGGAGAUCUACGAAGCCCAGCUCCACGACCUCCUGCAGCUGCGGCAGGAGAACAGCUGCCUGACCACCAUCACCAAGCAGAUCGCGCCCUACGUCCGCUCCAUCGCCAAGGUGAAGGAGCGGCUGGAGCCCAGGCUGCAGGAGCCCCGGGAGCCCAAGGAGGAACAGGCGCAGAUGCUGCUCAAGAUCUGUGACAACAGCGAAGCGGCACCGAGGGACGCCUCACCCGGCAGCAAGGAGGGGGCUCCGUUCAGCCCCAGGGAGGGCUGCGCGCCCGGUGGCAACUCUGGAGACCCCUCCCUGAAAAGCAAAGACUGCUGCAGGGGACAGCAGAAAAGCGGGGCCGAGAGCACCGCCCGAAAAGAGCUUGCACCGUAG